CAUCGUGCAUCUAUCGCCCGCAUGUAUUGCUUCAGAAGCCGGAAUGACCAGCAGGAGCUAAAAAUUUCGAGCUCAUAGAGUUGUGCGGCCAAUCUUGCCGCUCCUGAGGCCACCACAGAGCCUCGACACCUGACGGUCUCAGCCUUGUGCCCGUACAUCACAACGUGAAGUCCUCACUGACAUGUAGCUUUCCCCACAUAUGGUUCAUUGACGACCCCAAGCUAACCCAUGGACUACCCUAUGCCACCCCCGCCUCCUGCAUCCCCAACACGCAGUCGUUCGCCCGUGGCUAUGACGACCAAUAUCCGGGAGAGACAGGAAACACGGUUGGUCAUCGGUCUUGACUAUGGCACAACGUAUACGGGUGUUGCAUACGCGACUCCGUCAGGCACCAGAUGUGCCAUAAGCGAGAUCACAGUCAAAGAUAAUUGGGGAACCCAAAUGCGAAAUCACGAAAAAGUACCAAGUGUGAUCUCGUACUCUGCUCCAAGUGAGAUGAUGGAACAGCAGUGGGGCAGCAGCCUGAGCCCAAAAGCUGUCUCAAUGGUACACACAAAGCUCGAACUUGGUAUACAGAAACUGCUAGGGGAACUUGACAUGACGUUGCAGGUCCUGGAAGGGAUGAAGGACCUAGAUUUUUCUCGCAUGAUGACAGCCAACGGCGUACCCGCAUACUCACACAAAAGCCCAGAGGAAAUUGUAACCGACUACUUGACUAAAGUCUUCGAGUACCUGGAUCUAACUGUCAAUAACUUCAGUGAAGCGUUUCGAAGGCACACUGCUACAGACAUCGUUGUCACAGUACCGACGGACUGGUCGUAUAUGGCUAUGAACUCUACAUAUCGUGCGUUGACAAAGGCAGGGUUCAACCGAACAAACUUCCCAAGGUUGCAGGAUGUCAUGUUUAUUACCGAGUCUGAAGCAGCAGCGCUUUAUGUUGCACGUUAUUAUAGAGACAAGAAGGGGCAAGAAUUUCUCAAGGAGAACCAACACUUCGUCCUCGUUGAUGCUGGAGGUGGUACAGUGGAUGUCGUUUCCUAUCAAGUCAAGAAGCUGCACCCUAUGCUGCAACUAGAACAAAUUGGCAAACCGACUGGCGAGAAAUGUGGCUCGAUAUUCAUAAACCGCGAGUUUCUGAAAUGGUUACGGAGACAGCUCGGAGAGGUCAAUUACCGUCAUCUAGACCCAAAUCUUGACAUAGACAAAGAUGCCUUCCAUGCUUCAGAAAGUCCUGCAAUGAGGUACUUGAUGGAAAAAUUCGAUGAACGGAAGCAAAAUUUCGAUCGCGAUUCCCGAGACUUGUAUCUCGACCUACCAGAGCCGUUAGACAGUCUCACAAUUCACGGUAUCGUUAAUCAAGGCCAGAUUACCAUCCCAAGGGCUUUGAUGGAACACUUCUUUGAUGUAUGCAUUGGACAGGUUGUGAACAUGGUGAAAUACCACAUGGAUCGAAUUGAAGAACGUGGAAGUCAGCCCAAGAACGUCUUCCUGGUUGGCGGUUUCGGCGCAUCUGAUUACUUGCAACAACAAAUCGAGUAUACUCUGAAGCUCUGGAAAAUUAAAUUUCGCACACCAGAAACAUCAUGGACAGCAGUCGUUCAAGGCGCGGUUGUAUGCGGUAUUGAGAAAGCCAGCAUCAAGAACAUGAAGAAGACGACGUACUGCCGACAUAGUUACGCCAUCUGUCUCGACGAACUCUUCUCCGAAAGCACGCACCACGACGUAGAUAGAGUGCAUGCCAAUGGCAGCACAUACGCUCAGUCUCAACUCAUCUGGCUCUUGAACAAGGGUGAUUUGGUUGUUGCAGAUGAGCCGCGUAGGGUUGAGCGCGAGUUUGAUAUCAAGUUCCCUAAGUCGAGGCAGGGAGCUAUCAAAUUCCCAAUCUAUCGGAAUUCGAGCGAUGAGGAGGAGAGGCCUACACGCUUCAAAAAUGCGAAAGAUGAGUUGGAGCCAGUAUGUACGUUUGACAUCAACUUGGGACGAAUUGUGCGGGAUAGCGUACAGGAGCGAGGCUGGGGGAUAAAUCCGACAAUGUGCCAGACUAGUCUGAAGCUGAUCAUGGUGCUAGACUGGGAUGUAUUGUGUGCAUCUAUUGAGUGGAAAGGCAUUGAGCUGUGCAAGGAGAAUGUUGAGUACUAGGCAGAAUGUCUGCUCUAAGCCCAAGCUGUUCGAUCUCCAAGUAACGCGCUAUUAUAACUUAUUCACCAGAGCCUGAAUGGUUUCAAAGCGCUAAACCAGAGGCUCUAGCCGGCCUCUUCGUACCGAGAAUGUAUGCAAGCGCUGAUCACGGUC